CCUAAAAAAAUUUGAAAUGUGUAACAUCAACAGAAUCGCAACGGAAUUGGAUGCAGUUUUGGUAGCUUUAUUAGAAGAUGAGAUUAAUUUGAAUGCUAUAGACAAUGCGGUGGAGGCUGUUAUGCCACCUUUAGUAAUUAUACCUCCUAUGAAUGAAACUCAUAGGAAUCCGGGAUACUAUGAAUUUAUUAUACCGACAUAUAAUGUAGACUAUUUUCAUGACCAUUUUCGCAUGACUAGAGGUAUUUUUGAGUUACUAUUAAAUAAGCUAAAGGAGGCUUUACCAAAUGGAAAUUAUGGAGUGGUUGAAUAUGAAAAGAAGCUUCUCUUUACUAUUUGGAUACUAGUUAAACAAGAAAGUUUUUUAUCGGCUGGUGACAGAUUUAAUUUAGCGAAAAGCACAGGUCAUCAAAUGUUUUUCGAAGUAGUUCAACAUAUAGCUGAUUUACGAGGAGAAAUAAUAAAAUGGCCAAACCGUCAGCAAAGAUUAGAUUUGUAG